AUGAAUCCAUCAGGACGAUCGCCAUUAUCGUCAAUAGAAAACGUUGGGAAACUAGCAACUGCAGAGGAAACCGAAUUAAGUGAAGUGAGCGAACCAUUGUUACCCACCAAUAAUGAUAUUCCACGUCCUAUUGACCAAGAUGACGAAACAACACCAUUUCCAUUGAAUAUUGAUGAUAAUAAUGAUGGACAACCUCAUGUUCAUUUUCGUCCGGAACCUGAUGAUGAUGAUGUUUCAGUUCGACAACGCCAUCGUCAUUCUGCUCAACGACAUACUCAAUCAGAUGAACGUCGUCGAUCAUCCGAUGAGCGUCAAUAUGGUCGUUUACAACAAAUGGCACGUAAUUUCUGGGCUGAUUUAAUGCCGGCUGGUAAUCAUAAUCAAAGACUAUUACCAAUAAUAGUAUUUGGUAUUGUUAUUCUACUUAUGAUUCUUCUAAUUAUUAUCGUGAUACUUGGUUAUACAAGUGUUGAUUAUGAUGAAUUUGGCGUAACCCAUAAUUUAAUAACAGGCGUUUUGGAUUUAAAACAUCCAUAUUCCAAUGGUGUCCAUAUCAUAUUACCAUGGGAAAGAAUGGUUAGAUUUGAUAAAACAGCUCGAUAUCUGAAUUUUAAUGAUUUCGCAAUUUUUACUACUGAUCAAGCUAGCAUCGUUUUAGAGGCUUCAAUUGUCUAUCGAAUCAGACCCAAUCAAAUUGAAUCUAUAUGGUUAAAUUUUGCAACUGAACACGAACGAGUUCUUCGUCUUGUUACUGAAAAUGUUCUUCGUAAUCAUGGUAAUCAAUUUUCAAUUUAUGAUUAUCGUGCACGCCGAGAACACGUUGAAUAUCGUUUAUCUCGUAAAUUACAACACACAUUAUCAGGUGAUUGUUGUCCUAUAUGUUGUCAACAAAAAACAUGUUCAAAAACCAUUGAACAUUCCUGCUCAACAUUAUCUCAUUGCAAUGAUACAUCAAGUUCUUGUUCGAAUGGUUACUUUGUUGAUGUCGAUGCUGUUUAUAUAUUUAGAGUUGAAUUGCCAGCACCAAUAACAAAACGUCUUCACACAUUAAUGUUGAAACCACUUUUUACAGAGACAGCUGAAAGUCAAGAAACUGCUGCUGUUGUUCGAAUUGAAACUGAACGACAACGAAAUGAAUUGUUAAAUAAAGCACGUGAAGUUUUAAUGAGUGCUCUAGCUAGCAAUGAAUUAAUACGCGAAAAAGCACGAAUUAAAUUUGAUUCCCUUAUGCUUAAACAAUUAAGUGAUUCGGAAGAAAAUGUAUUUCAAAAAUUAAAUAUACAAAAUAUGGCGAAUAAAUUAUCAGCAUCGUUUCUCGUUGAAAUGAAUCAUUUAGCUAAUUUAUCAAAAACAAUUGAUAUUAAUAGUUUUGUUGCCCAAUUCGAUCAAAGUGAUACGACAAAACAAACGAAUGAUUUAUUUGACUUUGUUCCAGCAGCGAAUGUUUUUGACAUGACAGAAUUUCUUUCGAUACUUGAACCUUGA